AGCGGUGUCCAUAAUCAGUGUAAAAGCUCGCUGAAACGCGCAUGCGCAUUGGCAAUAGUGAGGAAGAAAAUGGCUGACGUCUCUCUGGAUGAAGUUAUUCGGCGGCGCGGUAUUAACACCAAACCUCCGAUUAAACGGCCUAUAUUUGGACGUGUUGGAGUGGGUGACGGUAAAAAUUUUGAUGCCAGGCAAAAAAUUGGUGUCAGUGAUGUAAGACAACGCCUGGGAGGAGGCACAGGUUUUCAAGUGAAGGAUGCCAGAGAGAAGCUGGUUCAGAAAGAUGCACGGUUCAAAAUCCGCGGCAGGACAGGGGCAGGGGCAGGGGCAGGAGGUGUGCAGGACGCUCGGCAGAUGAUCAACUCACGCAAACAGGGGCAGAGUCAGUUAGGCAACCCUGCACAGACCACACUAAAGGCGGCUAUAACGCAACAGCUGCAAAGCAAAACAGCUGUGCCACAGAUACAAAUACAGACCAGCAGUAAUCUCGUCAGUGCAAAUGCUAGGCUUUUUACUGCUAAUGUUCAAGGACUGAAUGCCAGAAUCGGGACAACACCACAGCUGAGCAAUAAUGUUCGGGUAAUGGAUGCACGUGAUAGGCUGAGCCUCAAGAGGAGCAUUGGAGGAACACAGACGCAAGCAGCUGCUGAGCCACCUCUAAAAAUAACCAAGACCAUCCAGCAACGUCCAGCUGGGACCUUAGGUGGUGUUCGUGCAAUGACGCAGCCUGCCUUAAAUGACCUCGACAGCAUCCCCAGCAAACAAAUAAAGAUAACAACUGCCAACAAUAUGCUACAAUCCCGGACUGGCCAAGCUGGCUCCAUGUUCUCCAUGACGGCACCGAUCACCAAGGUGGUAAAAAAUGAUGCGUAUACCGCCCCGCGGGCUCCUGUUCCCGUGGCACCCACCAGGCCGUCCAACAGCACGGCUGCUGCCCGGUCCUCUGCUGCAGCUUUAAAGCCGGUUUCCAGGACUCUACAGCAGAGCUCAGCAGAACCCAGUGCUGCAACACCUACUCCUCCUCAGCCUGCUUUUAGCCCAUUGGAGGGGACUAAAAUCACAGUAAACAACCUUCAUCCAAAGGUUACAGAAGAAGACAUCGUGGAACUGUUCUGUGUGUGCGGCGCUUUAAAGCGAGCACGCCUGGUGAAGCAGGGCGUAGCUGAGGUGGUGUUUGUCCGUAAAGAGGACGCAAUCAACGCAUACAGGAGGUACAACCAUCGCUGCUUGGAUGGCCAACCCAUGAAGUGUAACCUUCACAUCCAGGGAAACGUCAUCACUUCUGAUCAGCCGAUUCUACUGAGACUCAGCGACACCCCAGGAGCAGGCAGCAGCACAAAGAAAGACGGUCUGCCUCCUUCUCUUUCCCGUCCCAGCGGUCAGCGCGCAUCCACUCAGCCCACACCUGAAGUGGACCCCCAGACCAUUCUGAAGGCCCUCUUCAAGUCCACCGCACAGUCCAGCUCCUCCACCGAGCCCCCCAGCGCACAGAAUACCGCCUUUCGCAUCAAGAUAUAAAAGCUGAUGUGUGAAACGAAUCCAUUGCUGAGUUGCAGCAACCUGUGUUCACAUUUAAGCCGUGGUUUCCACUGAUGUCUAGCAGCCCACUCUCUCUUAUGAAACUGGUUUUUACACAUUUCAUUGAGAAGAAUACUUGUAACAGAAGUUUAACAAAUUAUCAACAUUCUUGUUAUUUUAGGUUGUGUGCAAUCAGAUGUUGUUUUGACCAGCUGAAGUAAUGUUGAUAUUUUCCAUCAGCAUAUAGAGGGGAUGAGGGCUGUUUUUUUUUGUUUUUUUUUCUAUAAAACACGGCUUGCUUUUACUCUGCAGUUAUCUGCGCCUUCCAAAAGGGUGAUCUAAACGAAUGAUCCACAUGCUAAUUGAAAACUGAAUUUAUUCUUAAGGUUCAGCAGCAUUUGAAGACACGCAUGCAUUUGAAUGCGUUUACUUAUCAGUCUAUCUGAACAGGAUAUUUCAGCUUUCUUUAGCAAUUCCCCACUUUGGGACCUGUUAAAUCCAAGUAAUAUUUCUGCUUGUUAAAAUACCUGAAACAUGUAAAACAGGAGCAGGAAGAGACCAGUCCCGUGUUUUCAAUGGAUUUCCAAUUUGUGUGGAAGUCAGUGCUCUGGUUGUAACGAGUUUCUCAUACUUGUUUAGUUUUGGAGCAGAAUAAACUUCAUUUGUGUAGUACACAUGAUGCUCUGUUUAUGGCAGGCAACUGUAAAUUACUUUUAGGUUGCUCUCUUGGCUUGUCAGUUGAGGUUGUCAGAUCUGUUUGUGAAUUGUUGCCAUUAAAUAUUUAGCUUUGUAGAUCUAGUCCAAGUGGUAACUUUUUUUUUUUAUUGGCAUUAUGGUUAUGAAUAAUUAUACAUAUAUGCUAAGAAUACA